UCCAGCUUCCAGCAGACUACUCAUAACUCGGGCCGCUCUCUCGGCGUACGUGUGAUCAUCUCGCCACGACAGAGCAGCGAGGCCACCGAGGUGAGGCGGGGACGUAGCGUACACAUGGCGAAGUUUGCUCUAGGGCACCACAGCGAGGUCACCGAGGCCGGCUGCGUGCGCGCCGUGCUCGCCGAGGCCGUGCUCACCUUCCUCUUCGUCUUCUCUGGCGUCGGCUCCGUCAUGGCCGCCGGGAGGCUGGCCGGCGGCGCCGACACGAUCAUGGGCCUGACGGCGGUCGCGCUGGCCCACGCUAUGGCGGUGGCCGUCAUGGUGUCGGCAGGGCUUCACGUCUCCGGCGGCCACAUCAACCCAGCCGUCACGCUCUCCCUCGCCGCAGGCGGCCACAUCACCCUCUUCCGCUCCGCGCUCUACGUGCUCGCGCAGCUGCUCGGCUCCUCCCUCGCCUGCCUCCUCCUCGCCUUCCUCACCGGCGGCGCGGUGACCAUGCCAGUGCACGCGCUGGCCGCCGGGGUGGGCGCGCCGCAGGGGGUGCUCUGGGAGGCCGUGCUCACCUUCUCGCUGCUCUUCACGGUGUACGCGACCGUCGUGGACCCGCGCCGGAGCGUCGGCAACCUCGGACCGCUACUGGUGGGCCUCGUCGUCGGCGCCAACGUGCUCGCCGGAGGGCCAUUCUCCGGCGCGUCUAUGAACCCGGCACGUUCAUUCGGGCCCGCGCUCGCCUCAGCGAAUUGGGCCAGUCAGUGGGUCUAUUGGGUUGGGCCGAUGGUCGGUGGCCUGCUCGCGGGGCUAGUAUAUGAGGGAUUGUUCAUGGUCCGGCCCGGCCACCAGCAGCUUCCCACCGAUGGCACCGACUUCUAGUUGAACACUGAUAUUCACUUUUCUCUACGCAUGGACAGCUUGAUACGCUAUAUCUUGUGAAAAUCGUCCAGAACUCGUCAGCUGUCUAGCAGCGUUCUUUUGUUGUUUGAUUUGCCCAAGAACAUCACGCCGCUAGGUGCUUUAUUUAGAGAAAAUAAGAGUCAUGUUGUGUGCUAGUUUGGAAAAUUCUAAAAUAUCUGAUGUACCAAGAUCAAGUAAUGUAGUAGCUCAUGAACUAGCUCUGCGUAGCGCUCAAUUAGGGAACAACAGUGAGGUGUGGGUUGGACAUCUACCACAGUUUAUACUAAACAUUUGUGCUAGUGACAUGUUAAAAAAAAAAGAACAUCAUGUUA